AUGGGGGCGUGGCCUCUGACGUAGCCCGUCACACAAUAAAGCUCUUCAGCACACACACACACACACCCUACGGGCACAGAGUCGUGUUCUGCCAUUAUCCCGGCACGCAUCCUACGGAACGGGCAUCACUCGAGGUUCUGAACUUGACUUCACUCGGUUCUGAUCUAGCAGCGCAAGAACAUGAAGGGAAUGCUUCUCCAACUCAGCCGAAGCCUGAGCCGCGCCGGCCCUGUCCUCACCCGUCGUGUCCACUCCAGUACCUGCCGCGCUUCCACCGUCUCCUCCAAAACGAAGGUCGAUCGUCCGCUCAACUCCGACGAAAUCUAUGCUCGUGAGGACAAGUACGGAGCACACAACUACCAUCCACUGCCUGUGGCUUUAGAGAGAGGGGAGGGUAUUUAUGUGUGGGACGUGGAGGGCAGUCGGUAUUAUGACUUUCUGAGUGCUUAUAGUGCCGUUAACCAGGGACACUGCCACCCAAAGAUCAUAGCUGCACUGAAUGCCCAGGCAUCCAAACUCACCCUGACCUCUAGAGCGUUCUACAACAAUGUACUGGGUGCUUAUGAGGAGUACAUCACCAACAUGUUUGAAUAUGACAAAGUUUUACCCAUGAAUACAGGUGUUGAAGGUUGUGAAACCGCCUGCAAGCUUGCCCGCAAGUGGGCCUACAGUGUGAAGGGGGUUCCCAGAAACAAGGCCAAAAUUAUUUUUGCGAAUGGAAACUUCUGGGGCCGCACCAUGGCAGCCAUCUCCAGCUCCACUGACCCCAGUAGCUACGAAGGUUUCGGUCCCUACAUGCCAGGAUUUGAGCUCGUCCCUUACAAUGACAUUCCUUCACUGGAGAAAGCCCUUCAAGACCCAAAUGUUGCAGCCUUUAUGGUGGAGCCCAUCCAGGGGGAGGCUGGGGUGGUGGUGCCUGACCAAGGCUACCUCACCAGAGUCAGGGAACUGUGCACCAAAUACAAUGUGUUGUGGAUUGCUGAUGAGGUGCAGACAGGCUUGGCCAGAACCGGCAAGAUGUUGGCUGUUGACCAUGAGGAAGUCCGUCCAGAUGUGGUGGUGCUGGGCAAAGCGCUUUCUGGAGGAGUUUACCCUGUAUCUGCAGUGCUGUGCGAUGAUGAAAUAAUGCUGACCAUCAAGCCUGGAGAACACGGGUCCACAUAUGGUGGAAACCCAGUGGCUUGUCAGGUGGCAGUUGCUGCACUGCAGGUGAUUGAGAAAGAGAAACUGGCAGAGAAUGCUGAGAGAAUGGGAGAAAUUCUGCGGGCCGGGCUGACUAAACUGCCCAAAGACAUUGUGACCACAGUCAGAGGAAAAGGCCUACUUAACGCUAUUGUCAUCCGAGAGACCAAAGACUUUGACGCGUGGAAGGUUUGCUUGCGUCUGCGUGACAACGGUCUGCUGGCCAAGCCCACCCACGGCGACAUCAUCCGUCUAGCCCCUCCUCUCAUCAUCAAGGAGCAUGAGCUGGAGGAAUGUGUGGAUAUCAUCCAGAGAACCAUUAUGUCUUUCUAAACAAUAAAAAGUCAACUGCU